AUGCCACUUAAAACCGCACCUUCGAAUGUGUACUCUAAGCGCACAACGCUCAGUGCAUGUUCAUCCACCUUUGAUCCACUUGGUCUUCUCACACCAUUUUUAGUGCCCUUCAAGGUAUUCAUUCAGGAUAUCUGGAAGAAGGAAUACCAGUUGGACACUCCAUUUGAUCAAGAAGACUAUCAGCGAUGGGACGAAUUGGUCCAGCAGUUCAAACAUCCGUUGCCACCAAUUCCACGUUUCAUCGCUUCCGCAAACCGCAACACCACUUAUGAGCUCGCAGUCUUUGGAGACGGCUCACAACGUCUCUUUGCCUGCCGUGCUUACCUUAUUUGCCGCUCACCAUCAACCACUUCUUCACAGCUAAUCAUGGCUAAGUCAUUAUUAGCAACGGCUAAGCUCUAG